CAUGACCUCAAUUGACGGUGAAAGACCAGGAAAUUUAAUAAUUUACCAUAUGUUUUCCUUAGGUCAAUGUCAAGGCUAGCAUUCAUUGGCAAGGUGUAUACUACCUUUCCUGAUUUUGGGACUUCAGCCAACCCAUGUAAUACAUAACCGGAAUCAUAAGCGUCGCAAACCUUCCUCCUUGCCUUCAUUCAAGUACACUUCUAUAGAUAAAUCAAGGUUAAAGAAACCCACGAAGAGGUUAAUGAGCAAUUGAGUUCAGAUGCCUUUUACAGCUUAGCUUCAAGAUGCCAUCAGUUGGGUUCGUCUCCACCUUGCCAAGCUAAUGGAAGGUAAGCUCUCCGCAUCACCCACAUCGCCUAUUUCUUUGCCUCCUUACGCCGUGGCCUCUUGCUCUCUUCGCUUCGCUUCUUCCCCUCCUCAGCCACGACCUCUUAAUCCCCUUUUCGAAGACUCGAAAAUGGCCUCUUUCUUGAAGAACGCCUUUGGAGGUGCAAAGGCCCCUGAGCCUGCGAGUCCAGAUUCCGACUUUGCAGACUUCGCCGAGGCUCCUAAUCCAGCUCCUGAGGCCGCUACCCAGGAUGCGACAGCUGGAAGCGCUGCCGCCGCCGCUACGGCCGUACCGUAUACCAAGUGGUACAAUGUCCACGAGCGCCACUCUCUCUCCGAGUUUAGGCUUGAGGGCAUCAUUCUCCUCAUCUCGAGUUUUAUCUUCCUCCUUCAUAUGAUCGGUGCUCGUCGCAAUCGCUCUAGGGCCAAGGCUUGGAUUCGCGCUCACGCUCCCGUUCUCCAGAAGGAAUACGCUCUUGUUGGCUUUGGUGGUGUACCCACUUUGGAUAAUGAAGAUGUUAAGCCCGAUACACUCAUCAAGGAGAAGUCCCUCUUUGAAUUUGCGACAUACGCUACUGGCCGGCAGAACACAGCCUUCACCGACUUUAAGCUUACUCUGACAAAGAAGUUCAACCCCAUUGUCAAUGGCUUCGAGCAUGUCGCAAGCUUUUUCGUCGAGACUGUUGAUGCGCCCAAGGAUGCCGUCGAGAUUCUGACCUACCCCUUUGAUGGCAAGGAGAGUCUCACUGUCCCCUCUGCUCCUGGUGCUUCCGAAAUCCGCGCCAAGGAUGCUAAGAGCACCUAUGAUGGUUUUGUUUGGGGUGUGGUGCACAAGGAUGUCAUGCGUCGAGUCCGCGACGACCGAUACGAUGUUUCUCUCACUUUCACCAAGGAUAACCCUAAGCUUCCCGCUUGGCUCACUGUCAUGAGCGAAAGCGCCGAGAUCACUGAUACACUCCUUACUCCUGAGCUCAUUGCCGCUGUUCAAGCCGCUGGCGACCUGUUCGAGUACCUAAUCAUCUCCGAUCAGCCUGUUGAUAAGCCCGCUACCCUUGAGGAGACUACUCCCCGCAAGCGACUCUUCCUGAAGUACGCCCUCCCUUCCAACGGCAAUUACGAUAAUCUUCUGCCUCUCUUCUCGCACUUUCUCCAGCUUCCUGAUGUCCUUGUCAAGGUUGCCCAUUUCCGCCCUGAGGUUUCCAAGAAAGUCCGCAGCACCCGUGAGCAUGCCAUCAGUGAGCUCAAGAAGACCGCCGAGAGCCAACGCCAAGAGGAACUUCUCCUCGAGAAGGAGAAGGCCCGUAAGGCUAAGCGCGACGCUGAGCUCAAAGGUCUCGAUGCCAAGGCGCAAAAGCGAUACCUCGAAAAGGAGAGGGAGAAGGAGAUGCGCAGAUCUCAGAAGCGGCAGACACAGCGUGCCUAGAGCAGUUGUUUCCUUGUAUUAAUGGGUCGGUUCAAGAACAAGCAGUGGAAAAGAUACACAUUACUAUAGCGGUUUUGUGUAGGGGUACAGAAUUUGUAACAGUAGUUUAUUUGUCAGCCUAAUCUAUGAUGAUGCUUGCCUUGUCGCUAUGAAUAUUUCCCAUCUCUUAUCCGCUUCUAGCCGUUGGGCUUGAUUGCUGUUGGACAAAGAAGUGAGCUGUUGCAUUUGAACGACGUUCAAUGGUAUUGGUGUGAAUAAAAAGUGUGGUUCACUUGUAGGCGAAAUCGUGGUACUGGCUUUUCUCCCGGUUUAUCCCUUCUUUCUGGUUUGCGCCAAUACAGACUGCCCUUGAACUUGAUGUUAUUAGUCAAAGCCCUUUUAUGGCAAUUGGCUGUAGGUACUCAAGACAAAUUG